AUGCCAUUCGUUUCAAGAAAAGUUGCAAAUGGAUAUAGCCAUUUUAAGAGAGAAUUCAAGAAAAUGACGAAGAAGGUGCAAAAUUUGGAGAAGAAAUUGGACGAGAAACAAAUGGUUAGUUGAGAAUUUUAGCCUUGAAUUCUGAAAAAUCCUGAAUUCUAGUUUUAAAAUUUCUGAAACAGUGGAUUUUCUCAUUUUUUUUUUGAAACGUAUAUUUUCCUGGGUCAAAAAGUGUGAGAUUUUGGUUCUGGAUUUUAUUCAAGUUCAAAAAUUCCAGAACUUGAAUUCGAGGAACUUAAGCCUAAGCUUAGUUAUCCUAACUUCAAAUUUUGAGCAACGCAUUCGUUUGAAAACAGUUUCCUUUCCACCAACAUUUUCCCCAUCGGCAUAAAAGAGAGAUGUGGUCGAGAGGAUAGCAUUUUAGACUGGCGAGCAUGAGACCAGGGUUCGAAUCCUCCUGCCCGCGGACUUUUUUUUUUUUUUUUGAAACGUAUAUUUUCUUGGGUCAAAAAAAAGUCAAAAAUUGCAGACAAUCGAGGAACUCGAAAUCGAAAAACAGCAAGAAGAGCAAAAAACCCAAAUGGCAAUCGAUAGAAUUCAUCAACUCGAAACAGAUAUGACUUACUUUCAUGGAAUCGCUGAAAGAGCCAGCUUCUUUGAGUACAAAUAUAAUCAUUUGUAUCAUUGUGCAAGACUUGGAACUUGUUGGUUCCCUACACAAUCUGGAGGAAAUCAAGAAGAAGAAGAAGAAUGGGAACAGGAAUCUGAAGGCUUCCCAGAAGCCGAAUCUGAAGGAAUUCCAGAAGAAAGUUUCUACCACGAGGACGAAGGUUAUACUGCAGAAGAGAUGGAAGCUCUGAUGCGACAACAAGGAUUGAUAGCGCCAUUGAAUUUGCCAACAGUGGAAGAAGAUCGGCAGGAGACUUCGGUGGAAUUUAUUGAAGUCUCAGAAUCCGAAUCGGAGGCAUCUGGGGAGAGACGUGCGAGACGGGUUCGAAUUUUUCGAGAUGAUCGGAAUGGGAAUUCGGGGGCGAGAAGAAAUCGGGUGGAACAUUCGGGAAAUAAUUCUGAGGCUUCGGAAUCUGGAGAUCAGGAGGAAGAUGAAGAUCAGGAGGAAGAGGAAGAUUUUGAUGAACCUGAAUCUGAAUCUGAUCUUGAAGAUGGAGAUGAGGAGGAUGAUGAUAACUUCGACUGGUAA